CCCCUGGCACUGCCCUCAGAGGUGCCUGGCCCUUUAAAAGCCGGAGCUGGCUGGGGUGCACGUGAGCCCGAGCGUGAGCGCGCGUGUGAGGCUGGCUGGGAAGACGCUGGCGGUGGGGAGGGGGGGAUUGAAAGGAAGCCAGGUGGUCCCAGGGGUGGGCAUGGGACUGGGUGGCAGGUGCCUCCUGCUGCUGCACCCUCAGGACGCAGUGACGGCUCCCAUCUGGGGUGGACAGAAGGGGCGGCUGCUGAAGCCUGGAAAUUCCCCUGAAGGUAGAGCACCGCCCAACCCCUCUGGGUCCCAGCCUCCCUCAAGGCCUCCUCCACCUCCACCUCCACCCCACCCGGCCUGGCGUCCACCUCUUCGGCUCCUACCUGGGCACGAUCCAGUUAAAUGGCUGAUAAGCAGAUCAGCCUGCCAGCCAAGCUCAUCAAUGGCGGCAUCGCCGGGCUGAUCGGGGUCACCUGCGUGUUCCCCAUCGACCUGGCCAAGACCAGGCUGCAGAACCAGCAGAAUGGCCAGCGCAUGUACACAAGCAUGUCCGACUGCCUCAUCAAGACCAUCCGCUCCGAGGGAUACUUUGGGAUGUACCGGGGAGCCGCUGUGAACUUGACCCUCGUCACCCCCGAGAAGGCCAUCAAGCUGGCAGCCAACGACUUCUUCCGACAUCAGCUAUCCAAGGAUGGGCAGAAGCUGACCCUGCUUAAAGAGAUGCUGGCAGGCUGUGGGGCUGGCACCUGCCAGGUGAUCGUGACCACGCCCAUGGAGAUGCUGAAGAUCCAGCUGCAGGAUGCAGGGCGCAUCGCUGCCCAGAGGAAGAUCCUGGCUGCCCAGGGCCAGCUCUCAGCCCAGGGGGGUGCCCAGCCCUCAGUGGAGGCUCCAGCUGCCCCUCGGCCUACGGCCACCCAGCUGACCCGUGACCUGCUGCGAAGCCGCGGCAUUGCUGGUCUCUACAAGGGACUCGGGGCCACGCUGCUCAGGGACGUUCCCUUCUCCGUGGUCUACUUCCCGCUCUUUGCCAACCUGAACCAGCUGGGCCGCCCGGCGUCCGAGGAGAAGUCGCCUUUCUACGUGUCCUUCCUGGCCGGCUGUGUGGCCGGGAGUGCCGCCGCUGUGGCCGUCAACCCCUGUGAUGUGGUGAAGACGCGGCUCCAGUCACUUCAGCGAGGCGUCAAUGAGGACACCUACUCUGGGUUCCUGGACUGUGCCAGGAAGAUCCUGCGGCACGAGGGCCCCUCAGCCUUCCUGAAGGGCGCCUACUGCCGCGCGCUGGUCAUCGCACCCCUUUUUGGCAUCGCACAGGUGGUCUACUUCCUGGGCAUCGCGGAGUCCCUGCUGGGGCUACUGCAGGACCCCCAGGCCUGAGCCCAGUGCCCGCUCCACCCCAGCCAGCCGGGCAGGGCUGGUGUGGGGCUGGAGCCAGGCAGCUAGCCCAGGACGGAGCAAGGGAAGACCCCUCCCCAGCCCUCCUGUCGGCAGGGGCAGCAGGGGACGGGGUGCAGGGUCCACAUAGGUGGUGCACACGCGAGCCCCCCGGUGUGCUGCCUGCAUCGUUGGGAUCAAUGUCUUAUUUAUGUAGAAAAUGCAGAAAUCUUUACAUUCCUCAAGCUAGCCCCUGCCCCAAUCCUGCCCUGGCCUGAACACCCCCAGGGACAGAGCUGGUCUCUGGGCUGGGGGCCCCCGGGCCUGGGUUGGGCAGGCUGGACCAUACCCCCAGCCCACCGGUUCCAGUCUCCACGGCCGUCCUGGUCCACACAGGGACCCUGCACAAACCUAUUUAUUGAACCUGCUGGGCCCAAGUGGCUCUCCAGCCCUUCCGUCCUUCCCCAGCCGCUCUUGUCACCUUGGCAGGACUGGACUCUGCCUCCCUGGCCAGCCUUGCAAGAGGACCGGGGUCUCCUGCCCUCUCUGUUGAGCCAGGAAUCCCAAGCGAGGGGUUGCCCCGGGGUCUGACUCUCAGGGCAAGCCCGUCACCCAGUGCGGGACUUUGUGGUGGGCCCCUCAGCUCCCACCCCAGGUUGGGGCCCAGACUGUGAGGUCUGUGUGCCUGUGUGUGUGUGUGUGUGUGUGUUGUGGGGAUCUGGCUUGGCUCUUGGGGAUGGGGCUGCCGGGGACUGCCCCCCUUCCCGCCGCGGCCAGGCGCUCUGUGUGCUGUGUGUGUCCCAGGCUCUGUUGACCCCGUCCAGGAACUUUAGUUACCCAGCCUGACCUCUCUUCUGAGAUUGGCCAGGGAGCGGGGCAGGCAAGGGGACCAGUGUGGAGCCUGAGGGUGCCUGCCCUGCUCUGGAGGGAGGGCCAGGAGCUGCCGCCCACCCCAAGUCCUCUCAGGGCCCACCCUCCUCUUUCCGCCUUUGCAUAAGGCUCCUGGGUAAGCUCCAGAGGCCCCAUCCUUCCUGCCUCUGGGCAUAAGGCCCCGAGCACACUUCAGAAGCCCCAUUCCCCCCUGCCUCCAGGCCGAGCCCUGCUGUGAGCCGAAGCUCUCCCUGCCCCACCCUGGCCAUGUGAUCGUGUUGGUGACAGACCCUGAUGUGCUGGUGCUGUGUCCCCAAAACCGGGGCCCUCCACGGAGGCCCCUUCCCAGCGACACUACCUGGGGCUCAGGCCCGGACCCCUCCAGUUCACGGUUGCUCCUGGGAGCUGCCCCUCCCAUCACAUCUGAACCUUGGAAGCUGCUGCUGCUGCUUUACAGAAUUAUAUUUUUUUCUUUUGAAGAGUUUUAAGAAGUUGUAACUUUUUGUGUCUUGUCAUGUCAGAGGAUAAAUAAAUAUUCUAAGUAGA